GUAAUCCUAAUCUGUCGGAUCUAAUCAGUAGUAAAAUUGGAGAGGAAUGGAUGGUUCAUUUGGAUCAGCUCCAGAAGUUGAAGCCAUUGGUGAAUGACCCCACGUUCGUGAGGGCCGUUCAGACUGUGAAACAAGAGAAUAAGUUGAGACUUUCGGAUCUUCUCUACAAACUGUAUGGCAUUCAAGUAAACCCGUCGUCAAUAUUUGACGUUCAGGUCAAACGCAUCCAUGAAUAUAAGCGACAACUUCUUAAUUGUCUUUAUAUGAUUGCACUCUACAAUCGCAUCAAACGAGACCCGACCGCUCCCUUUGUUCCCCGAACUAUAAUGGUUGGUGGCAAAGCAGCACCUGGAUAUCACAUCGCCAAACAGAUAAUCCGUCUCAUCAAUCACGUGGCGGCUGUCGUUAAUAAUGAUCCUGUGGUCGGAGACAAACUUAAGAUUAUAUUCCUCGAGAACUAUAGGGUUUCAUUUGCCGAGAAAAUUAUUCCCGCGACUGAUUUGAGUGAACAGAUCUCUACCGCCGGAACAGAGGCCUCCGGAACAGGAAAU